GUCUCGGCGGCGGGCUUCUGGGCCUGUGGUUUGGACCUCGGAGCGGUGUUGGCCGGACCCCUAUUCGCGCCCAGGUCGGCUCGGCUCCCGGCAGGGCUCCGGGCGCCAUGGCUUCUCGUGGGAGAAAGCGGAAGGCCGAGGUGGCGGUGGUAGCGGCGGCUGCGAAACAGGAGAGGCCGGCGAAGGCAGCGGAGGCGACCGUCGUGAUCGAGCAUUGCACGAGCUGACGCGUCUACGGGCGCAACGCCGCGGCCCUGAGCCAGGCGCUGCGCCUGGAGACCCCGGAGCUUCCGGUGGAGGUGAACCCUGCCAAGCCCCGGAGGGGCAGCUUCGAGGUGACGCUGCUGCGCCCAGAUGGCAGCAGUGUGGAGCUCUGGACUGGGAUUAAGAAGGGGCCCCCACGCAAACUGAAGUUCCCGGAGCCUCAAGAGGUGGUGAAGGAGCUGAAGAAGCACCUUUCGUAGGGUGUUUGGAUUGAAGUCCUCAACGCUGAGCUUCCUGUCUCUGGUGAUGUUGGAGCAUUUAUGAUGGAACAUGGCCAAACUUUAGUCAUGUACCUGAAGUCGUGGUUUCUUCCCCUCCAGAAAGGAUGGUUCACUUGUGAGGCAACCUGCUAGUAAGGCAUUGAACAGUUGGAUUUGGUUCAAUAAAAGUUGAAAUAAAGUGUUUGAAUAAUAAAGUAAAACUUAAUCUUA